UUUUGGCCGGCGCGCCGGGGCCAUGGCGGUGCUGCGCGUGCGCCACUGCCGCGCGCUCCUGUACUGCCGGCGCGCGCCGCCGCGCUGCCCCGCGUGCGGAGGGGAGCUGCGCGCCGCCGGGCUGGCCGCCGCGCCUGUCCGCCUGGAGUGCCCCUUCCGGCACGGCCACGGGCAGCCCCGCGCCUUCCUCAUCAGGCCCACCCGCGGCACCUUCCUGGACGCCUACGCCGGGCACUGCGACCUCCACGUGGGCAUCACCAACUCCCAGGGUGCGGUGUACAACUAUGACCAGGAGGGCGUGCACAGGGAUGGCAGUGGCUGGGAGCAGUGCAUCAGCAUCCCCCUGGUGCAGCCAGACAUGUGGGAGCUCCUGCAGCAGUGGGACAGCCUCCUGGAGGAAUUCUCCUUGGAAGAGACCUGGCUCCCUCACAGGUACGAGGAGCAGCAGCACAACUGCUACACCUUCGCCCUGGCCUUCAUCAACCGCGUGCGGCAGGGCCGGGGCGGGGCCGCCCUGAGCAAAGCUGAGUUCACCGAGCGCUUCCUGCUGGCCCGCAGCCGGGAGGCCGCGCGGUACCUCAGGCUGCAGCAGCAGCUGGCUCACAGGGACGUCUACAUCGUGCCCUUGGCUGAGCAGGAGCAGGAGAGCGUGGAUGGAAACCAGAGCCUGCUGGAGUAGUGAUGGCAAAGGAAGGCUUGGGGCUCCACCUCAGGGGUUAAAGUUUAAUGUGGUUAAAAACAUCCUAAACUUCACCCAGUACCUCAGGGAGGAUCAGGAUACUGAGCUUGCGCAUUUCAGGGAGUUACACAUACACACACGAUGUACGCACUACAGAGAAUUUCCAUGGGAACUAUUCCUGUGGAAAAAUGUUUUGUGAUUUAAAUUCACUGUGUGCUCUGUUCUGCAAAGACACUUCGCACCAGAAAUCAGAACUGCUGUGGAGUUCAGGGAUUUACAAAUGAACUGUGGGAACUUCAGCUGUAGGAAACCAAAAUGGCCUUUUCUGUCACGUUUGUUUACUGAUGAGUGAAAAAAGGGAACAUAUACUGGUGUGCUGCUAAAUCCCAUCCCUGUCUGGCUGUUAAUUUCCUUUCCUUUAAUUACUAAUAAAUCUACCAACAAAUAAAUCCA